AUGGUGGAAGGCUUCUCCGAGUUGGUCCAGGCCUCGGGCAUCUCUGUGCCCGCUCGCGCGCGCUUCGUGGGGCGGUUCUUGGGCUAUACGACCUUCGGUGCGCUGACCUUUGGUUUGGUUUGUGGGCAGCUGGGCGUCUUUCUGCUUGGGCAGCAAUGGAUUGGCUUGGGGCCCUUGAUCCCCUUCGCGUGGGGCUCCUGGUUUGGCUACACCCUGUCCUCGAUCUCCUUCCUCCGGGCGGAGUUUGCCACUGCGAGGGAGUAUGUGCGAGACUAUCCCAGGUUGCUGGAGUACGUGCUCCGCACUGAAUUCAGCUGGGCUCAGCUUCCGCAGGAGAUCUCGGUGGACCAGUGGGCGGAAGGAUCAUUGCCGCGGCUGAGUUGGUGCGUUUUGGCCUCCCAAAGUUGUCAGGCCUUGAUCCAAGAACAACAAGAACAGAAGCGACGGGAGUUGCUCGAGCUGGAAUGA